UUUGACUUGUGCAUGUGUAUUAGAUCGACAGUGGUGGAAGACCAGGGUGUUACAGAGUUUUAGGAAAACCUACAAAGAACAUGUAAAUUUGCUGCCAGUGAGAUUUGAAACAGUGGGAUAGUUCAUCAUUUAGAGUUGAACUUAAUCUAAAGGGGCACAGGAUGGAAUCCAAUGGCAACCUGUGGAAACGUCACGUUUUAUAGUACUUUGAUUGUGUUUGCAGAGCAAAGCUUCCUUCUUCCUUCUUGUCCUGGACUGGUCGAGAUGGGCAGAGGUGGAGACAAAAUCCUGAGAAUCAUAUGCAAACUUGGAUUCACUUGUCAGCGUUUUUCACAUGGGACAGACAUGGCUAAUGGAAUAUACCUCUCGAAAACCCUGGCUAUUGCCACACUGGUGCUGACAAUUUCUGCACUUAGUGGCACCAUUCUUAUGUUAACCCUGUACAUGAUUCAGACAGACAGAUAUCCACCACAGGAGCCACCAACCCCAAGUCCUACUACACCGAUUCCAACGGGACUUCCACCAACUCUGAGACUUCCUGGCAAUUUGAUUCCAGAGAGCUACAUAGUCAAUCUUCGGCCACAUCUCUACGUGAAGCUGCCCAAUGCCACCGAGCAAAAUGAUCUUUUUGAAGGGAACUCAACAGUUAGGUUUAAAUGCGUGAACGAGACAUGGACUAUCUUUCUUCAUGCCGUGGAUCUACGUAUAGACCAGAUUAAAGUGACCCAUUCUGACACAAGGGAAAAUAUAGAAGUAGCAAGCCACAAGUUGCACAAUGACUCUGAAUUUUUUGAGAUCCUGCUUAAGAAACAGUUAAUGAAAGAGCACUAUUAUGAUCUUUUCACUGCAUUCAGAGGGUCACUCCGUGAUGAUUUGACUGGUCUUUAUAUAAGCGAGUACCAGGAAACUGAUGGUAAAGAAGACAAUAGAUUUCUCCUUGCAAGUCAGCUGCAAGCCACAGAAGCUAGAAGAGUAUUCCCUUGCUUUGAUGAACCAGCUAUGAAAGCAGUUUUUAAUGUUACUAUUAUCCAUAGAACUGGCACCAAAGCCCGUUCCAAUGGGAAGUUAGCAAAUGAACGAUUUGUGGAUGGAGAUGAGUGGGUUGCUUCUACAUUUGACCCAACACCAAUCAUGUCAACAUAUCUCUUGGCUUUCACAGUCAAUGAAUUUAAAUCUGAAACUGCUACACAUGAUACAAAGGAAAUAUCGGUCUGGGCCCGACCUCAGGCUGUGAAUGAUGGACAUGCCAAGUACGCAAUGAAUAUCACUGGGAAGCUUCUGAGCUUUUACGAGAAGAAAUUUAACCUGAAAUAUUCAUUAAACAAACUAGAUCAGAUUGCCCUACCUGACUUCAGUGCAAAUGGUAUGGAAAAUUGGGGGUUAGCGAUGUACCGUGAAUCAUCUUUGCUGUAUACGGAAGGUGUGUCUUCUUCCUCCGAUAAAGAAUGGAUUACCACCGUGGUAGCUCAUGAGCUGGCACAUCAGUGGUUUGGAAACCUUGUCACAAUGAAUUGGUGGAAUAACUUGUGGCUGAGUGAGGGAUUUGCAACAUAUUUAUCAUACCUGGGUGUGGACGACAUCGAGCCUACAUGGAACAUGAGAGAUAUGUUUGUGCUGAAAGAAACCCAGCCAGUUAUGGUGCUGGAUUCACUGAACGCUUCACAUCCUCUCGUCUUGAAGGAGUCUGAAAUUGAGACAACAUCUGAAAUCUUUGGACUCUUCGACACCAUCACCUACAGCAAGGGUGCAGCUGUGCUAAGAAUGUUGCAAAGUUACAUGGUGGAGAAAAAUUUUUUUACAGGACUUGGGAGCUACCUUGAGAAGUACAAGUACAAGACUGUUGACACUGCAGACCUGUGGAAUUGUCUGCAGGAGGCUCUCAGUACAUCUGAGCAAAUAAAGAGCAUCAUGACAACAUGGACUGAGCAAAUAGGCUACCCAGUCAUCAACAUAAAUACCAUCACUGGAGAGAUUUCUCAGGAGCAUUUCCUUUUAAAGCGAGCAGAGGAGGACACUGGGCUUGUAUGGCAGGUUCCAAUUACCUCUAGGAAAUCUGAUUCCAGCUGGGACGAUGAGAUACUGAAAGAAAAAGGGCCUGUGGCAAAGCCUGCUUAUAAAAUCACUGAUGAUGGAUGGCUACUAGUUAAUAUAAACUGCAAUGGUUAUUAUAGAGUGAACUAUGAUGAACAGAACUGGAAUAGACUUAUCGAUCAACUGGAGAGCAAUCAUCAAGCCAUCCCACUUAUCAACCGAGGCCAGUUGAUUGAUGAUGCAUUUAAUCUUGCUAGGGCCAAAUACAUCAAUGUCACACUGGCAUUGAACACAACCAAGUAUUUGAUAAAUGAAACUGAGUAUGUUCCAUGGGAGUCGGCUCUGAACAAUUUGGAGUACUUUAUUCUCAUGUUUGAUCGCUCCGAAGUCUAUGGCCCCAUCCAGAAAUACCUACGAAACCAAGUUGGCCCACUUUACAAGUACUUCCAAGAGUACACCGAUAAUGCAACUGUUCCAAAGAAACUUUCUGACCAGUAUAAUCAAAUAAAUGCCAUUUCAGUAGCGUGCGACAAUGGUGUUACUGAGUGCACAGACAUGGCAACAAAACUUUUCAAUGAGUGGAGAAAUGGUACAAAUCGGAUUCCACCAAACUUGAAGUCCACCAUCUACUGCAGCGCCAUAGCAACUGGAAAUGAGGAUGACUGGGAUUUUGCAUGGAAACAAUAUGAAGAAGCCACAGUUGCGACAGAAAAAGAUGUACUGAGAUAUGCACUCUCCUGUACCAAAACAAUCUGGCUCUUAAACAGAUACCUUAAGUACACUAAAGACCCUGAAAAGAUAAGGAAGAUGGAUGUAGGCUCUACCAUAAAAUACAUUGCCAGGAAUGUAGCUGGACAACCUCUUGCCUGGGAUUUCAUUCGAGCCCAAUGGACCGACCUAAGUCAACUGUACGAAGGAAGCUUGCUUGACGAUGUGACUGAAAGGUUCAACACAGACUUUGAGCUCCAACAGCUGAAGCAGUUCCAAAGUGAAGUCGAUGAAGAUGGCCUUGGGCCAAUAACAAGAGUUCUUGAUCUGGCAAUUGAGAGGACUGAAGCCAACAUUAAAUGGGUGAAAGAGAAUGAAGAUACUGUGUUGAAGUGGUUUGACGGACAAGCAAAGGGCCACUGAGCAUUCACAGGUCUACACAACUCAGUAUGCACAGAGCCAGAGCAAUGAGAAACAGAUGUAGAGUAAAUGGUGUGGUUAGUGAGACAACAUCCUGUGUUUCACAAUUUUUUUUUUUUUACACAAGCAAAGCCUGUUUCAUAAAGAAAUCUCAUGUUGAAUUGGAAGAGAAAACAGGCCUUAAAAAAAAGAUUGCAACCUGAUGAAAAAUAAGAACUAUGUAAUUAUGCAAUUCAUUUAAAAAGUAUAUACUUUAUUACGAGAUUUAUAAUGAGAAACUGAAUCACAUUGUUUUGAAAAUAAAAAUCACAUAAGACUAUGCAAUUUUACAGUCAUCUAAAUAUUACUAGUGUCAGUUGUUGCCUAAUUAACACAAAAUGAAAUAAGUACAUUCGUCUCAUUAUUAACCUAUAAGGUCGAAGGACGUUGGUUUAAUUCAGGGCUUUUCAAAGUGUGGGGCGCGCCCCCCCUGGGGGGCGCCAGAGUUCUUCAGGGGGGGCGCAACGUGAGAAACAAAAUGGAUCGGUUUUUAGCUGUCUAUGGUUUUUAGUACCUAAAGCUACAGUGAGUGAGGAGACAAAGUCUGGGCCAAGCAAAAAAACAGAGCCUCCAGGAUGUUGCGAUUUGCAACUUCAGCACAAAUUCAACCAAUCCCCGCGAAUUCAGGGCGGUGUUGCAAUUAUAUCCAAUCACCGCAACUUUCCCGCAAAUUUGACCAAUCGUUGGCGUCGUCUUGAGGUAACGUCGACAAACUACCUUCCGCCUUACUUCCGUGUGUUCAAGAGAAGCAGCAUGCGCGUCGUGUUGCCAGAUUGGAUGAUUUCAAGUGCAUUUUGGCGGGUUUUGAACAUAUUUUGGACUGGAAAAUGUCAGCAGUAUCUGGCAACACUGAAAGUGUGUUAUGUUUACAGUGAAGGACUGUGUGCACUUUAUUUUUUUUUUACUUAAUACAAGAAGUUAAUGGAUGCCAACAUUUUUGCCAAAAUGGUAUUUUAUUUUCCAUUGUUUAGGCAGCUUCAGCAUCAUACUGUGAGAUUCUGUUCAAAUUGUUUUUUUCUUCUAUGAAGCCUGAGCCAUUUAUUUUAUUAGUUUAUAAUUAUUGUUUAAUUUAGUCUUCAGGAGAGACUGCCUGCACACAGUACUAGUAUUAAUAGGUUUUUUUUUUUCUUACAUGAAAGCUGAGGCAUUUAUAUUAUAUUUUAAGGUAACUUCAUGUUGUGCUGUGAGGUUCUGUGCACUUUAACUUUUGAACCAACAGGUGCAUUUGGAUAAGUAAAGCCUAUUUUUCUGCAUUUUUGUAGUCCUGGUAAUCUUUUAUAUUGGUAAAGUUGUUUAUAGGACCAUUUCUCUUUUUUUUAAUCAAUAGUUUUUCAGUAAUAACUUAAUAUUUAACAUAUCACUCAAUUUUAAUCACAAAAAGAGAAAAUCGCAACAAUUUCUCGCAACUUUCACUUCCUCCCGCAAUGUAAUCGCAACAAAAACCUAAAAAACACCGCAACUUUCAUCGCAAUUUUUUGGAAAACCCCCCCGCAACAUCAGACAUUUUAGCCCACAACAAUCACAAAAAAGGCCCGCGGAAUCCUGGGGGACUGGAAAAAGAAGGAAGUAUGACCACGAUUAUUUAAAGUUUGGAUUUUCAUGGACUGGAUCUGAAGAUGCUCCACUGCCACAGUGUGUUGUCUGCCAAGAGAUGCUCGCUAACGAUGCUAUGGGGUGUUUAAAAUGUGUAAAACAAGAUGUUUUAAAAAGCACAGAUGUUUAAAAUGUGAAAAAGAAAAAAUAAUGUGUACAACAACCAUUUUUUUAAAAAUACGAAUGGAACAUUAAGUAUAGCAACAACAAAAAUUGUAAGGGGGGGCGCUGUUGUUUAUUUGCUCUCCGAGGGGGGGCUCACUCUCCCACACUUUGAAAACCCCUGGUUUAAUUUAUUGCUUCAUUCAUGUCCAAUACUACAACUAAAGAACUGUUUACACAAGUGAAGCAACAUUUAAGUAUGCUACUUACUCAGGCAUAUUAAGUAUUCUAAGUAAAUACAUUUAUGUACUCAAUAGUAUAUUUUUAACUAUAGAAACUAGUAUAAAAUGUACAGUAUAUACUCAUUGCCUAAAAUCCUUCUAUUGAUCAAUUUCUGAAUUAAGUUAAAAUAAACCUUUGGAUUGUUUUAUUCUCUUGAACCUCAUUUUGCAUUUGACUAAUAUUUAUUCACUGAGUUGCUAGAGUAUUGGUUCCACAUGCCUUAUACCUGCACUUAUCGGCCACUGCAUCAGGUUCACUGACCGUAUAAGCGCCCAUUGUAGGUAUAAAAUAACUGACUGUAGCCCAUCUGUGACUAUAACAAUUGUCAGCUGUCUCCCUGUUUAUCAAAGAAAAGGGCCACCACUAACCAGAUAUUUUCCCAGCAAUGCCUCUGAGUUAAAUACACUUCAGCAACACAAAUAAACAUACUGAGAAUGUUCCACAGCUCAAAGAACAUCUGAUUAGUAGUGAAGGACUGGUGGAGUGUGGCUGAUAAUGUGUAGUUCAUUAAAAACUGUAGAGCAGUGAUGAAAACCACUAGGAACAACUAAAACUCCAAUAAAAUGUUAAAAAUUGCAUUAA